UCCGCCCUUUUACGCCUUGACGUAUUCAUUAUUUUCUCUUUCAUCCGGUGCCAAUUGAAUGAUGGCUGGUGACAGAUCCUGAUCACAAGCGCCUUUACUUGGCAGCAGCCAUCGGAACUCGAUUACUCCUAGCUUCUCUACGUUUCUAACUCAGAGUCUUCUCUUCAAUAAUUGAUUUGCCAGGUUUUUUUCUUUUUUUUCUUUUUGCCAUCCGUUCCCGGAAGAAGUUUAGCACAGGCAACCCCCGGCGGCAAUUCGGAAACAGCUCGGCAGCACGCGAAAACGAAAGCCGAUGCUGGAAUAAGGUCGACUCAAAGAGGGCCGGCAUCACGCGGGCCGGCAGCAGCAGCUCUUCCAUUUCUUUUGUCUACAGCGUCAGCUGACGUUGUUGUUGUUGUUGUUGGUCGUCGUGACUGUGAAUAAGCCGAUUAAGACAGAGUGUGCGCGUACGAGUCGUCGUCGUCGUCGUCGGGAGUUUUAUAAUCACGACCGGAGAGUGGGGGGAGUUGAUGGUCUGCAUGUGGAUCCUAUACCGCCCUCCUUCCUUCCUUUCCCCCCGUGGUUUAUUGAUCCAGCGUCGAAUGGCGUCUGCUACUCUUUUAUGAGUUUUACUAUCGACGUCUUCUUUCCCCCCUUCGAAAUUCCUUUUUCUUUUCUUUCCUCGAUUCUUUCGUUGGUUGUUGCCAACAAAGUUCAAGCUGGGAUCGUCGGCGGAUGCCGAACCCAUCGACUAGUACACUCCUACCCUUCCGUCCGCGUGAGCGUGAGCGUGAGCCAGAAAGCGCAGCGCCACCGCACUGACUCUCUCUCUCUUUCUUCUUUUUCUUGUUGGCCGUUUUCCGUGUCGAUAGCAUUUUUCGUCGGUAUUCUCCCGGUCCGGCAGACAGGCGUCUCUACCAUCGGGCCGUCUAUCGACUCGGCUGCUACCGCGCCUUUCAGCUGUCUGCUGCUGUUUCUCUCUCUCUUUCCCUCCCCGUUGGACUGUUGGCUGUCGGCUGGAUACAGCGCGGAAGCGGAAUUGUGCAGUGCCGGCAGAGCGACCGGCUUGUGUUGCUGUGCGCUGCUCUGUGGACGGGACACAACAGAGGAGUGACGCGAUUCCGAUCAGGAUCCCCUUUUCAAACGUCUCUCUCUUUUAUUUCUUUCUUUCUUUCUUGUUUUCCUCUCGUUGGAUGUGAUUGUGAUUGUGUGCUGCCCGUGAUUGUGUGUUUUUGAGGUGAUAAAACGGACAGAUUCAGUGACAGGACUCGUCUGGAAACGUCGGCGAUGGAUUCGUUGAACGGAUGCGCUCAUCAUCGGGAGACGACAGAUCGCAAUGGAAUCGAUGACAUCAGUAACGGCCAUGGGAAAAGGCCAGCCGGUCGGCGUUUACUCAAAUGGACCCAAGUGCCUGACCAUUUGAAGUUUAAUCCUUACAUCCACGAAGGCUACCGUCCACUAGCUUCACUGGCCGGCUGCAUCAAGAGCUUGGCAUAUUUUCACAACGAGACGAUCAACAUUCUGACUCAUGGCCUUCCCGUCUUGUACAUAAUUCUUUGGUCGCCGACAUUGAUGCCGUAUGAUGAAAUUAAAGUCCCCAUUUUGCCGUACAUCCACCUCGUCGCAGUGCUCAGUCCGUGGGUCGGCUCGGCUAUUUACCAUACCUUUAUGAACCAUCACCAUGGAUACAGCGUUUACCGACGACUAUUGCAGCUGGACAUGCUGGGCAUUUGGAUCACGCAAAGUUUCGGAGCUCUAACGGGUGUUAUUGCAGCGACGUACUGCUUCCCGGCGUGCAUCGGAAUCGUGAUAGUCUUGAUCUACUCUCUCUCCUGUCUUUGGGGAUUGUAUAAAGCGGUUAUUGCCGGGAGUAGCGGAAAUCCCUGGGAUCGGAGACUUUGCUUCUUCCUGCCGGUUCUCAUCCGCCUAACCUUGGGGAUUUUGCGGACCAUGCACCUCGCCUCCGGCCACCCGGAUUCCAUUUCUCAUGUUUGGCUUCAGGACGCCAUAUCGAUUUUGGGCGGUUUCAUCGGGGCGAUGCGGAUCCCUGAGCGAUGGUUUCCGGGGCGAUUCGACUUUUUCUUCAAUUCGCAUCACAUAAUGCACGUGCUUGUUCUGGUGGCCGUUGUUCAGAUGCACUACGCCUCGAAAUUGGAUCUCAUUUGGCUCAGCGAUCCACAGUGCUAUCCCAGGGGCGGCAUCGAACCGCUCCUAGUCGUCAACUCGACUCCCGAUCCGGCUGAAUUGUAAUUUUCUGGCUGGCAGGAGGGACAAAAGAAGAGUUGAUAUUUCCGAUUGAUGCCAGUCAAGUUUUCUUCAGUCGUCAUCUCUUCUCCAUCUCCUCCACAUUAGUUCUCUUUUUUCCUUAUCCAGCAAUUUUUUAGCGUUUUCGUCAUUUCUUUUCACUUCCACCUCGGCGGCCUGACGUGUGAUGCGUGUCUCGAUAAUUGAUGAAAAUGAUCUCCCACCUCACCCCACUCGUCCCUGUUUCCCCUUGCGCAUUAUUUUUAGAUGAAAUACUUUGUCUCCUCGUUUCUGUUGUCUCAUGUUUUGGGUUCCCUUUUUUUCCCCCGUCUAAAAGGCACCGUUGUGUGCACUCCGCAUUUAGAAUCCAAUACGUUUCAUCUCUCACAGACAAAAUGUGUUAUACUAUUUCACUGCUUCGUCAUUUAUUCAUCGCCCAUCGCUGAUUGUAAUGGAUAAUUGAUUACAUAUAUAACUUCACUAUUA